AUGACGACAUCACUUUCAGAGCUCAAUGACGACAUGGUCCGCAACAUGUCUAUUGGAGCAGUUUUCUCCGACUUCGUUGGGAAGAUAUAUUCAAUUGGUUUCCAUCGUAAGGAUGAUUUACUUGUCACUGCUAGUGAGGAUGAUUCUGUGCGCCUCUAUGACAUUGCUAAUGCUAAGUUGUUGAAGACCACUUAUCAUAAGAAACAUGGUACUGAUCAAAUAUGCUUUACUCAUCAUCCAAGUUCUGUCAUAUGCUCUUCACGGUACAAUUUGGAAUCUACUGGAGAAUCCUUGCGGUAUUUAUCAAUGUACGAUAACCGCUGUCUACGAUACUUCAAAGGCCAUAAACAGAGAGUUGUUUCUCUCUGCAUGUCUCCUAUCAACGAUAGCUUCAUGUCUGGUUCUGUAGACCACAGUGUAAGGUUAUGGGAUCUACGGGUAAAUGCCUGCCAGGGAAUCUUACAUGUACGUGGUAGACCUACUGUUGCCUACGACCAACAAGGCCUGGUUUUUGCCGUAGCAAUGGAAGGGGGAGCUAUAAAGUUGUUCGAUUCACGUUCGUAUGACAAGGGUCCCUUCGACACCUUUCUUGUUGGUGGUGAUAAAGCUGAGGUCUGUGAUAUUAAAUUCAGCAAUGAUGGAAAAUCAAUGCUUCUGUCCACAACUAAUAACAAUAUAUAUGUUCUUGAUGCAUAUGGAGGAGAUAAGCGCUGUGGGUUUAGUUUGGAACCAUCUCAUGGCACCUCAACAGAGGCGACAUUUACCCCAGACGGGAAGUAUGUAGUUGCAGGUUCAGGAGGCGGGACCAUGCAUGCUUGGAGUAUUGACAGGAACAGCGAGGUAGCAUGUUGGAGUAGCCAUAUUGGCGUGCCCUGGUGCUUGAAAUGGGCUCCUCGGCGGGCCAUGUUUGCAGCUGCCUCAACUGUUCUCACGUUUUGGAUACCAAACAACGAACCAAAGCUGAAAGACGAGGAUGCUUGCACAGACACUGAACCGGGACUUCAGCCCCAACAUUGA